CGCUCAGAGUUUGUUGUUAUGAGGUUGACUCAUAUCUCUAAAAGUAUGUUAAAGUUAUUUUCUUAUGCUAUUCUUUUGUCAGAAACAGCUUAGAUAAAACAUGUUAGAGUUAACUCAUCCGUCGAUGUCAUCGUUGUUUUAAACAUGUUUGUAAAGGUCUAAGUUUAACGUCUUGGAACAGCUACAAAGGCAUAAAACAGACUGGACGUGACCCUGUAACCCCUGGUUGCUGGGGAGCGAGCGGUGGGGCCAUGGCUGCUGGGGCUACAGUCGGGGAAAGCCAGCUCCAGAGGAUUAUCCGAGAUCUGCAUGAGGCCGUUGCAGAGCUAGCAAAGGAGUACAAGGAAAGCGGGGAGCCAAUCACUGAUGACAGCACCACUCUGCACAAAUUCUCUUACAAACUGGAGUACCUCCUACAGUUUGACCAGAAGGAGAAAACAACGUUUCUUGGUACAAAGAAGGACUAUUGGGAUUACUUCAAUGACUGUCUGGCUAAGAUCAAAGGAGCCAAUGAUGGUAUCCGCUUUGUCAAAUCCAUCACUGAGCUGAAAACAUCUCUGGGCAAGGGAAGAGCGUUUAUUCGCUACUCCCUCGUGCACCAGCGGCUAGCUGAUACUCUGCAGCAGUGCCUGAUGAACAGCAGAGUCACCAGCGACUGGUACUAUGCAAGAAGUCCCUUGCUGAAGCCCCACCUUAGUGUUGACAUCAUCAAUCACCUGUACGAGCUCAACGAGGUGCAGUUUGAUGUGGCGUCCAGAGGUCAUGACCUUGAUGCCGCCUGGCCAACUUUUGCAAGGAGGACACUGGGCAGUGGAAACUCUCCUGGCCAUAUGUGGAAACCACCCAGUCGUAGCUCCAGCAUUAACAGUCUGGCUAGCACCUAUUCCCAGCAACCUCCUGAUUUCCCCUCUAGCCCUGACUAUGGUCAGGCUCUGCUGAAUGACCUGAAUGAGUCUUUGCCUGCAUGCAUGGAAGAUGUCAGCACAGUUGAAGACCUUCGUUUAGAGCUUGAUCAGUCAGAACUCAAGCAGCGAGAACUCCUCAAUAAGGUGCAGCAGCUAGGUGAAGAAGGUGCUGAGCUCAGGGGAGUAGUUGGGGAGCUUCAGAGGCAACUGGAUGUGUCACUUGCUAGACAAGAAGAGCAACAGGGCGUUCAGGGAGAGCUCAAGGCUCUGCAGGGGAGAGAGGAGGCUCUGUCCAGAGAGUUGGAAGGGCUCAGGGCUAGGGAAAAAAACAGGGAGGCUCAGCAGCUCCUGCUUCAGGAAAAACUGGCAGCUACUGAAGGGAAGAACGUAGAGCUCAUGGCCAAGUUGGACGGGGUUCUGAAUGAGAAGGGCCAGCAGGCAGCCAGUCACUUCGAUUCAGCACAGAAGAUACAUGAGUUGCUGGACAGAUUGAAGGAGGCGGAGAAUGGGAAGAUGGAAGCUGUAGCGGAGGUGGAGGACAAGAAGAGACAGGUAGAAAGGCUAGAGGAGGAGCUGAGAAUCAAGGAUGCAGCGGCAAAGAAUAGUGAAUCAAAACUCGGAGCUUUAGUUACAUCGGUGUCUGAGGAGAAGGCCAAGUUGGAAGCAAAAGUUGAGGAACAGGGUAGUGCCCUCGACAAGCUGCAGGGCGCUUUGACGUUAAGAGAGAAGGAGGCAAGCAACAUACAGAGGCAGCUGCAUGACCUCCAAAGGUCUCUAGAGGAGAAAGAAAAAGAGAUGGAGGAGGUGAAGACAGGGGCACAAGAAGAUAAAGAAGAGAUGCAGAAGAAUGUUGGUGUCUUGAAAGAGUCACUGGAAGCUGAAGUAACUGCUCUUAGAGAGCAGCUUAAGACAAAAGUUGCAGAGCUAACCUCCGGCUGUGAGACACUACAACAGCUAGAAGCCAAGAACCUAAGUUUGUUUGCAGAGAAGGAGAAACUGGCCACCAGCCUUGCUGAGCUGGAGUGUAACCUUAAAGAACAGACUACCAAGACAGAGGACUAUAAGACACAGUGCACUAACCUAAUGGAACUAAAUGAGAAGCUGCUUAUCUCAGAGAAGAGAAACAAAGAGCUGAAGAAGGAAAUGACAGAAAACAGAUUAGUUCUUGAGAAUGAAUUAGCAGCGUUAAGGGCUUCUGAGAAACAACUUAGAGGUCAGUUGGAUGAUACCAAGAUGACAGUGGAUGAAAAAGAGAAGCACCUGCGUGAAGAGAACUGCAAGUUGGAUGAGAGUCUGCAGCGAGCCAUCGUGACUGUGAAGCUUUCAGAGACUGAGUCAAAGCGACUGGAGCAAGAGAACAAGAGUCUACGAGAGGAGCAGGACACUGUGAAAUCAGCUCUUAGUCGCAUGCAGGCUGACUUGAAGAGUGUUCAUGGACAGAUUGGAGAGUUGGAGAAGAACUUGGGAACCUCACGCAAAAAUGAAGCCAGUCUUCAAGAACAGCUCCAAGCCAAAGAGGCCCAGUUAGAGAGCAAAGAGAAGGACCUUCUUAGGUUGCAGUCUAGAUUAAAACAUUUGGAGACUAAGGAGAAGGAGCUUGAGGCUGCCAAAGCUGAUGCAGAAGCAACCUGUGCUAGACAGACAGAAAUGAUUGAAAGAGUCACUUCUGAGAAACAGGCAUUUGAGAAAUCUCAGAUGGAGAGGAGCACUGCCCAAGUCAAGGAGAAGGAGGAAGUGACUGGCAAACUAACUGUGGUUGAAGGUCAGUUGGAAUUAAGUAUGAAAGAAGUAUCCAGACUCCAGGCAGAGGUUCUGGACCUCCGGGUGCAGGUGCAGAGAUCUGACGCAGAAAAGCUUAAAUUUCAAGCACAGCUGGAAGUGACACAAGCCCAAAGAGAUGAACUUAGAACUUUGACUGAGCAGCUUAAAUCCCAGACAGAGGCACUAAAUCAGAGGCAUAUAACUGAACUCAUGGAGUGCAAAAAGAAAGAAGAGGUACUGACUGAACAGCGCGAUCGAGAAGUAGCUGCCUGUGCUGAGUUUGCCAUCUCUGCAGCAGCCAUGCGAGAAGAGCUUUCCACCCUCAAGGCAGAAAAUGACAGGCUGUCAUUAGAGAACAAUGAGACUCGUGAAAGUCUGCACAGGGCAAACACUGAGAUGGCCGAGCUGGGUAUGACCAUCUGUAAGCUAAGCGCUGAAAAGGAGGAGGCCAGUGAGCAUUGUGUGGGAAAUUCUGCUAAGAUUGAAGAACUAGAGAAAGAGGUGAAGCAACUGGAGAAGUCCAUGGAAGAACUUCUGCUGGAGAAUAACAGCUUAAGAGAGGAGCUUACACAGAAGGAGGCACUUCCAGAGACUAUUGUGGAGCUUCGUGAAGAACUGGAAAAGAACAAGAUCCAAGUACAAAGCAUCAAGGACUCCAGCCGAGAGGAGAUGGAGGCUGUCAAGUUCCAAAUGAGUUCAGAGAGCAUGAAUAAUCAGGCCCAGAUUAAGAGUUUAAAUGAACAGCUGAACAAUGUGAAAUCUCAGCUGCAGGAGGAGAGGAGGAACGAGUCCAACUUGCAGGCCAAAGUGUCUGAACUAGAGGCUGUGAAUGAACAGUAUUUGCAACUGACUGGUGAGAAGGACGCUUACAUCACAAAGGCCGAAGCAACCGUUCGUGAGAAUGAAAGUGAGAUUCAGCAACUCAGAGAUGCGGUAACCAGGGCUGAGGAAGCGCACACGACUGUACAAAAGGUCUGCGAGGAAUUGACGCAGAAACUAAACACAACAGAAGCUGACAAACAAAACCAGUACCUAAAGAUGAUUGCAGAGAUUGAUGACCUUAACAGAACCAAGACCAACCUUGAAGAGCGGCUCAUCGAGCUCAUAAGGGACAAAGAUGCUCUGUGGCAGAAGUCAGACGCUCUGGAGUUUGAGCAGAAACUGCGAGCAGAAGAGCGCUGGUGGUUGGUAGAUAAGGAGGCCACACACUGUCUUGACUGCGACAGCCAGUUCACCUGGUUGCUGCGCAGACAUCACUGCAGGCUUUGUGGACGGAUCUUCUGUUACUACUGCAGCAACAACUAUGUCAUGACCAAGCACAGUGGGAAGAAAGAGCGCUGCUGCAAGGACUGCUACACCCAGCACAGUGCAGUGGUGGAGAGGUUCACAGAGGCAGAGCUGAGUCCUUCCAAAGUGCAGCCUCCUCCUCCUGGAGUUGGACCCCAACCGCCUCCCGAACCAGCUCCAUAUAAACCCACUCCCAGGGUAACAGUUUCAGAUCCCAGUAGUAAAUCUGAUGAUGCAGCUUUCGACAUAAUCACAGAGGAAGAGGUGAAUGGUGUCUACGACAGUGACACCACCUCUCAGACAACAGGAGGCUCUCUUGAUGGAGAACAAGACCGGCGGCACCCAGGAGCAAUGGAUAUAGGCACAGGAGAUGUGACCCCUGAUGAAGACCACGUCUCCACGGUUCAGGAUUCAGAGAUCAACCUGCUCAAAUCAGGAGAAGUCUCGAUGGCAGUCCCUCUGAGCAUUGAUGAUGUUUGUCAGUUUGGUGACGGUUCCAGGGAGCUCUUUGUCAAGUCCAGCUGUUACAGUGUCAUAACUGUUGCUGUGGCUGACCGUGGCCCAACUAUCAGCUGGAUGUUUUCCUCUGAGCCCAAGAGUAUAUCCUUCAGUGUGGUUUACCGGGAAUCCAGUGACACUCUUGUGGAAGAGUCCAAGGUCCUGAUUCCUCUGACUCGCUGCAAUUCCCAUAAAGAGAAAAUUCAGGGGCAGAUGAAAGUUAGGCACCCUGGCCUCUACACACUCGUCUUUGACAACUCCUUCUCACGGUUCAUCUCCAAGAAGGUCUUCUACCAUCUGACCAUGGAGAAGCCCGUAAUCUACGACGGAAGCGACUGUCCCUGAAGCUCUACACCACAAGCUCCCACUGAGGCGUCACCAUGACGUCACUGUGGCAGCCACAGUAAAUAGAAACCGACUGUUAUGGCAUUUCCAUUACUUUUAUGCUCAGUAGUUUCACAAACCAAGUUUUUUAUGUUUUCAGAAAUGGUUUGCUUUAUUUAACUCUGUUUGACAAAUUGUUGCCAGCAUAAUGAAAAUCAAGUAACAUACUGUACAAACAGUACCUUUAGCUCAUCUAGGUUAAGUUGUUCAUUUAGAAUAGUUUCUCUCUUUUCCAGUUAAGUUGGAACAUGAAAUAGAGGUCACUGAAAGUAACACUAGCAGGUUGAAACCACAUAAAAGACAGUUUACUUGUCUUGUGCAGGCGUUAAAAUCAAGAAGGUGUAAACAGAAAGCAGUGGUUGAGGUUCGUCAUGACAUUAACAUUACAUUUGGAAUUGCAGAAAGGAAACAAAGCAGGAACUAAUCACUGACAUGGACAAGCACAGUUCCUGCUUUAUACAAAGCAAAUACGCACUUUGUAAAAAAUCUCAGGAGUGGUAGCAUGUCCUAGCUUAAUGUUUUGGAAAAACAGGGACUGCCUCUUAUUUUCUGUGCAAGGAGUCCUGCACACCAGCUUUUUCUAUCCAGUUUGUAUGAUCUAAUGUAAUGAAGUGGUUUUAUGUGUCAUUACAGUGGACAUCAGUUAACUGACUCUCAGCUAACAAGCUACUGUACUUUCAAAGUGCCUUUUUCAAUUUGCCAGGGAUUAGUUUGUUGUUGCUUUUUUGUAUAUUUUACUCUUUGUAAUCUGCACAGAUCAUGACACUUGGUAUGAGUCAAUGCCAUUCUAUAAAAGCUUUUAAAUCACAAUAUGCACACAGUUAUAUAUUUUAGUUACAUCAGUUGAAAGUAUUUUUGCUUUUAGAUUUUAUUUGAACCUCUGGAAUGUUCUGUCAUAUUUGAAAUCACUCUUUGUUUUUCUUGUUCUCUCAGCGAUGAAGUAGGGUGGAAUAUUGUGUGCAUUUUAUUAUUUUUAUGCAAAGCAAUAAGAAAGAAUAACGUUACUUAUGUCUACUUUUGCCAUUACCUUUGCACACAAACCGUCACUAUUUGAAAGAGAUCUGUUUGCUCUUCAGACUGACUUCAGACUUCAGACGUGUUUAUAUUUUUGAUGUGGUUAAAUUGCUGCAAAUUAGACGUGGAGCCUCAUAAUUUUCUCUAUCGAGCUGCACUUUGUGAUGACAUUUUUUUAAAUUGUUGCAAACAAUAUUGAAACUGUAAAGUUUUUAUUGUCAUUGUCAAGUAAUUCACUGAGAGAAAGUUUUUCUACUUUUUGCGGGGCUAAAGUGUGCAUGAUUCAUUCAAUUUAACUAGUAGGAGACAUAUCAAACACCAAGUAAUCAAGAUUAAAGUGAGAGUGACGAUGUCUCUGACAUCCACUAA